GUGCCGUUCCGCCGCCGCUGCCGGCGUGCUGCUCGCAAUAAUGGCGGUGGCCGCGCUGUGCCUCCACGGCGCGGCGGCCCAGCUGUGCGAGGACUACCACGACGACUCGUGCCCCGGCGCCUACGACAUUGUGAAGAAGGUGCUCGUCGACGCCCACCGGUCCGACGUCCGGAUCUUUGCCAGCCUCAUCCGCCUCCAUUUCCACGACUGCUUCGUCCAGGUGCUGUACCUUCACCGGCCGCGCGCCAUGGCAACCCGGCCAUGAUGAUGAGCUAAUAAUACAAACCAUCAGCAGCUUCAUCCUGUGUUUACAAUAACAGGGCUGCGACGGGUCGCUGUGUUAAAAAUAUUGGAUCACUAGAAGCAAAUCGAGAGGGGUAAAGGUAGCUUUACAGAGAAGAAAAAACUUUCUGGUAGUAGCCGUCGUUGCCUGUCAUUGCGCCGCGGUUGUCUGUGGCAACGUGGUUGGAGAAGUGGUCGCAGAGGCGUGGCGACAGCUUGGCGGCGAUGGUCGUGGCAGUGGUGAUGCAGUGAAGACCGGUGAUGGUGGUGGUUGACGCAGGGACGUCCGGCGACCCUCGGUGACGUCCAGCGUCGGGGACGCCCUCGCGGUGGCGAGGACGGUGGCGUCAGUGGGCUUCCCGCCGCUGGCAGCCUCUCCCGUAGAUCGGCUAGGGUUUGGAGGUGGGGAAACAGUAGCGGCAGCGAACCUCGUGUCCUGAGCCUCUAAUCCCACCUCCACUUUAUAGGGCUGCGCGACGGGGGCCCACCAGCCUCAUCUUGGGCUGGGCGUCCCCGAUCAGGACGCGAGUCAAGGUUGGCCCAGUCGUUGGACUGGCCCGGUGGAGAUCAAUACUAACAUUCUCCCCCUUGAUCUCACCUUUGUACUUUAAAAUUUCUCAAUUUGAACUUAACUCUUUACUUUCUCUUUA